AUGCAGCCCCAGACACACUCAUCAGACGUGGUGUCACCGCAGCACCAGUGCUACUUCAACGACUGCACAGCCGCGGCCCUGGACGGCGCGACAAAGUGCCAUUUCCACCGCCACCGCGGGUGCUGCGCCGUCACUGACUGCCGGAACCAAGUGUACGCGAGGCAGCUGUGCGUGAAACAUGGAGGAAAGCGACAAUGUGCAAUGCCCAAUUGCACCGCCAACUCCCGCGUUGGCAACCUGUGUUCCCGCCACACCACAGUGAGCCUGAAAAAGACGUGCUCCGAGCCAGGCUGUACCAAGCAACCCCGCGCGCUCGGGCGUUGUGUGACCCACGGAGGCGGAAAGAAGUGCGCAUCCCCCGGGUGUACCUCGAAUGCGCGGUUGACCAACCACUGUCCGCGGCACCGACGCCUUCUUGACCAAGCCAACCACGACAAACCGGCGGCAACACCUGCGACGUACCAUUGCCAAGCGGCCAAAUCCGCCCCCUUUGACUUUACUCCAAAGCUCGAGUACUCCAUCGACCCGAUCUGGACGACCAUCGACUCGCCGACCGACUUCGACGCCGCCGUGCAUUGGGCCCUCGACAGCGAUUGCCUCGAGGUCCUCAGAUGCUUGGACACAAUCGAAAUGUAA